UUCAUAUUUGCUAGCUUGUUAUUAUAUUAUAUGUAUUAUAUAUAUUCCCAUCCCAUAAUUCCACCUCUUCAACUCCGUCUCUACCCUAUCAAACCCUAAAACGUGGUUCGAAUGGCAACCAUGAGCAAAGUGGGUGACGGGUUGAAGGCAACAAUCCUAAUGGUGGUGGUACAGGUAAUUUUUUCAGGGAUCAAUAUUAUGUAUAAACUCGCAGCCACUGAUGGGAUGGAUCUCAGGGUUUUGGUGGCUUAUCGUUUUCUUUUUGGCGCUGCUUUCAUUGUUCCCGUUGCAUUCUUUCUUGAAAGGAAAAAGAGGCCAAAACUGACCUGGAAAGUGUCCUUAUUCGCGCUUCUUUGCGGGUUAUUUGGUGGCGCACUGGGGCAGAAUCUGAUGUUAGAAAGCUUGGUACUUACGUCUGCAACAUUUUCUGCAGCUAUGGUCAAUCUGAUACCUGGUAUUACCUUUAUAGUAGCCGUUUGUUUGAGGUUGGAAAAUUUAGGGUGGCAUACACUGGCAGGUAAAGCAAAGGUGUUGGGAACAUUGAUGGGCAUUGGCGGGGCAAUGUUGUUUACAUUCUAUAAAUUUAACCUUAUGAAAAUAACUAGUCAUCAUCCAUCCCAUGCUGCUGAAACUGGUAACCUCGCACUUGGUGUUAUCCUGGCAAUAGUCAGCUGUGUCUUCUACUCCCUCUGGUUGAUUAUUCAGGCCAAGGCAGCUGCAGUGUACCCAUGUCCUCAAUCAUUUACGGCACUCGUGGUUUUCUUUGCAUCACUUUUCGGUACUGUUUCUGCACUUUGCAUGCAGCGAGACUGGAGUCAAUGGAAGUUAGGAUGGGAUAUUAGGCUCCUAACGGUAGCAUAUGCGGGGAUUGUGGGCUCAGGAAUCAUGUUCGUAGUGAUUGCUCAAGUUGUAGGAAUGAGAGGUCCAGUGUUUGUGUCAGUUUUCAAUCCACUGCUGCUUAUAUUUGUUGCAAUAGUCGGAUCACUUGUACUGGAUGAGAAGCUGUACUUGGGAAGCUUGCUUGGAGGCAUUCUCAUAAUUGCUGCAUUAUUUGUUGUCUCGUGGGGAAAAAGCAAAGAGAUUAAAAAGAUAUACUCAACCGGUGCCAGAAGAGGACACGAGCAUUGA